UUGUAAGAGCUGAAGGGACCAGCCCGCUCACAGCUGUUAGAGAUGGCCAAGAAGCUGCUGGCUGUUGUUCUACCCAUUCUCCUCUGCCUCAUUGGGGUGAUAGGGAUCCUGCUGCUGGCCCUGCCUGCAAAGGACAUCAAUGAACCCCCCAAAUAUAAGUACGGUAUUGUAUUGGACGCAGGCUCCUCCCACACGGCACUAUUUAUUUACAAGUGGCCAGCAGAUAAAGAGAAUGACACUGGCAUUGUGAGUGAACACAGCAUGUGCGAUGUACACGGUCCGGGGAUAUCCAGCUAUUGGCAGAAUCCACCUGAUGCAGGAAAGAGCUUAGAGAAAUGUCUGGACCAGGCGACCACGGACAUUCCCACCAGCCGACAUUCCAUCACUCCCCUAUACCUAGGAGCAACAGCCGGGAUGAGACUGCUCAACUGGACCAAUCCAGACGCCUCGGACAAAGUCCUAGAAGCUGUCAGCAGUACACUGAAGUCCUAUCCCUUUGAAUUCCGAGGGGCCAGGAUCCUGUCGGGUCAGGAUGAGGGGGUGUUCGGCUGGGUCACAGCCAACUAUCUCAUGGAGAACUUCAUCAAGUACAGCUGGAUUGGGCGCUGGUUCCAGCCAAGGAAGGGGACUCUGGGAGCCAUGGAUCUUGGUGGAGCCUCCACACAAAUUACCUUUGAAACCUCGGACAAGAUCGACAACCCUGAGAAUGAAGUGAACCUGCGUCUGUAUGGCCAGUCCUAUCGGGUGUACACCCACAGCUUUCUAUGCUAUGGCCGCGACCAGAUCCUCAAGAGGGUUCUGUCCAAAGUGCUGAAGGGACAAGGCUAUGCAGAGACUGUUAAGAAUCCAUGCUGGCCCACUAAUUUUAAUAAGACGAUAACAUUUGGGGAAGUGUAUGAGAGCCCCUGUACGGCGGGCGAGAGGCCUCCUAACUAUGAUCCUUCAAAGACCUUUGUGAUGAGCGGCAGUGGGAAUGGAGACCAGUGCCGGGCACAUGUGGAUAGCCUCUUCCAGUUCUCGGACUGUCCAUUCGCCUCCUGUUCCUUUGACCGAGUCUUUCAACCCCAAGUGACUGGGAACUUCAUUGCGUUUGCAGCUUUUUAUUACACCGUUGACUUCAUAAAAUCCGUGAUGAAGAUGCCGGUCGACUCGCUAGACGAUCUGCGGACGGCCACCGAUGCCAUCUGCUCCUCCAGUUUCAAUGAUCUUUCCUCCAAAGCUCCGAAGUUUGUGCAAAAACAUCUCUCUGGCUACUGCACCACUGCUAACUUCAUCUACCUGCUGACCAGCAAAGGCUACAAGUUUGACAAUGAAACGUUCCCCAACAUUCUUUUCCAGCGGAAGGCUGCUGACACCUCCAUUGGCUGGGCCCUUGGAUACAUGCUAAACCUUACCAACAUGAUACCGGCAGAAGAAGGUUCUGUUCUUAAAGCCACCACCUUUAGUUCCUGGGCCGCCCUCAUCUUCCUCUUUGUGGCCAUCAUUCUUGUGGGUCUGAUUAUCCUUUUCGGCACCUUUAGGUCCAGUAAACAGCAGCAAACCAUAUGACUGGAGACGACCAUGGAUGGGACAAGUCUUAGAGUCCCUUUGCCUAAUGAAGAGGAUUGUACAAUUUAAUUCAGAUUGCCCCAUAAUCCUCAUGGGGCUUGUGACAUUUUCAUACAGUAUGAAGCUCGGGCAUGAAAGGUGACAAUGGAUUGGAUGUUUAUACUGUAUACUAUACACGGAAGAUCCCUGAUAACUGUAUUGUCAUGAUGAAAGCUAGUGUUUGAUUGACAUUUUCUAUGUACAUAUAUUUCCUUCCUUCCAUAUGGUAAAACAUUUUCUAUUUAAAUUCCUACAGCUUCAAACAGGUCUACCCCACAAUAUAUGGUGUUGCUGAUGGCAACUGAUCAAAUGCUUGGAAAGCUACGCUAGGAAUUUGAUCAGCCAUCAAGGACAAACGCCAUUGUUUUUUUUCUUUUUCAUGGCACCAAUAUCUGUACAUUUGUUGUGUGAUACAAUUAUAUAGAUUGUAGCUCUUUUUAUUUCUUAUAGCAGUAUGACUGCUUUCAGUUCAGGGCUGAUGUUUCUGGCCUUGUAUAGGCUCGCACAUUCCCUCACUUUCAUUUUCUUUAGGCUUAUGAUAUUGACUACAAGUUGGUGCUUGCAAUUUGCAUUACUUCUUUUGAUGCAAAAAAUUUAAAUAGAAACAAUAAAAAAUAGCAACGGGGACCAUCAGCUGGAAGUCCCUGCUGCUGAAGCCUACAAUGUGCAACAAGUGCACACCAUUGUAGAUGCAUCCUAUUUGCCAUAUAUACACGUUUCCUUAUCCUGUUUAAUCCACCACUUGCUAUAUCCUCAUGUCAUGGCCACAUGGUGUAAGUGCAUGCCUCCUUUUUUUUCCUCUCCAAAAAUAUUUAAGGGGCAAUGCCAGCAAAUAAAAUCUCCUCCCCAUAUAGAUUCCUAUUCUUGUCUAUAGGGAGAUGAUUUUAGUGUGACUUAGAGUAAUUUAUAGUCAUGGCUAUGAUUAUUAAGGAUCUGACUAGUGGAAGGGCAUGCUGUGUGCUUGUGACAAUCUUAGGACCUCAAGCCAAAUCCCGAGCAGAUGCCUCAUCUAUAAAACAUGUUGUUAAGCAAUGUACAUAUGCAGGGCUCAAGUCCUGCAGGAACAUGUGGGAACUGAGUUCCUGCACUUUUUCCACAGCAGGAAAACCGUUCCCAUUAUUAGUCCUGCGGCACCAGCCCUUGAGUGCAAGGUUUUCCACCCUUUUUUCCCCCAGGAAUUGACCCCUGUAUAUAUGUAUACUUGGUAUUGUAAUCUGCCCCAGGCCUUAGUGCUAUUAUGGAGGUAACUGUGAACUCUAGGCCACACAUGGACUGAAUGUAUACACUUUACAUAUUGUAAGAGGUUUACUGCACUAUUAUAGAGAGAGUAUAACAUUAUAUAGAAGAUGAAGUUUUUAUGUAUUGAAAAUGAAGUUGGAUUACUUCUGUGGAGCACUGCCACCUACAGUAGUAUUGCAGAACUACACCCAAUUAUGUGCAUGGGUUUUAAAUGACGCAACCGUCCGAGCAGUAACAUCAAUGCAGCCUUUUAACAAGACUGUGUGCCCAAUUUCUUCUUAUUUUGGCUGUGGGUGGUGAAAACAACCAGUGGUUGCUGAAAACUGCUUUUAUUUCAGGUUUUCCUCCCAGGUGAUUUAUAAGUGUUAUAAGAGUCGGGCAUGAGCAGUGUUAUAAGUACUGGUUGUUUUUGUAUGGCAUUAAAGGUCAUAAACUUG